AUGAAUAGCAAUAGGAUUUUAUCUAUAGAUAACAGUCAAAUAUUAACCAGCAAGGUGGAAACUCGAGCUCAAUGUUGUAAAACUCUUGAUGAACUAGAUAUUAUACUUUUCAGUGCUGAUAAAAAUGAGUUACUACACUCAAUAAUUGACACAAUGUUACUCGCUGUGGCUGAAGUAAAACCAGAACAGCUGAUGACUCAUUUAAUAAAGGGAACUAAAUUAAGUAAAGACAAAGUCAAGAUUACAGAUGAAAGAGAGAAGCUGUUUGACCUUUAUAAUAGUGCAGUUAACAUAGUAGACUAUAGCACAAAUAAAUAUACUAAAUAUGCAAAAAUUUUAAAAAUUGUUCAACAAGCUUUCGGGUACAUGGUGUGCAUACGUUACUUUGAAGAUAUUUCAAAAACAAAUACAAAUGCAUAUUCUACACCACCAAAACCUGAUCAUGUGAAUUAUCAAGAUUUGGACAGUUCGAUCUCAGAACAAUCAGAUCAUGAUUCUAGUAAGGAUUAUGAACUAAAGUUUAUAAAAGUUAAUAAUUCAGAAGUAAAUACUCGGAUUACUCAGAUUACUCAAA